GGGUAUAAAAACGGAGGCAUGGGGGGGCCUGGAACGCAGAGCGGUUUGGUCGUUAGUCGGAGGAGCUUCUUCCGUUAGUUCGGCGACUGCGGCUCUUCAUUGGGCAGCAGGAGCGGCGCGGCUGUCGGAGAAGCGGCGUAGAACUUAGGCAUUGGGUGAAAGAAAAUGGCCCGAACCAAGCAGACUGCUCGUAAGUCCACGGGUGGCAAAGCGCCCCGCAAACAGCUGGCCACUAAAGCCGCCAGGAAAAGCGCCCCCUCUACCGGCGGGGUGAAAAAACCUCAUCGCUACAGGCCCGGGACCGUUGCGCUUCGAGAAAUCCGUCGUUACCAGAAAUCCACCGAGCUUCUGAUCCGGAAGCUGCCUUUCCAGAGGUUGGUGAGGGAGAUCGCCCAGGAUUUCAAAACCGACUUGAGGUUCCAGAGUGCCGCCAUUGGUGCGCUUCAGGAGGCUAGUGAAGCGUACCUGGUGGGUUUGUUUGAAGAUACUAAUCUGUGUGCCAUCCACGCUAAGAGAGUCACCAUCAUGCCCAAAGACAUCCAGUUGGCUCGCCGGAUACGGGGAGAGAGAGCUUAAGUGAAGGCAGUUUUUAUGGUGUUUUGUAGUAAAUUCUGUAAAAUACUUUGGUUUAAUUUGUGAUUUUUUUGUAAGAAAUUGUUUAUAAUAUGUUGCAUUUGUACUUAAGUCAUUCCAUCUUUCACUCAGGAUGAAUGCGAAAAGUGACUGACUGUUCACAGACCUCAGUGAUGUGAGCACUGUUGCUCAGGAGUGACAAGUUGCUAAUAUGCAGAAGGGAUGGGUGAUAUUUCUUGCUUCUCAUGAUGCAUGUUUCUGUAUGUUAAUGACUUGUUGGGUAGCUAUUAAGGUACUAGAAUUGAUAAAUGUGUACAGGGUCCUUUUGCAAUAAAACUGGUUAUGACUUGAUCCAAGUGUUUAACAAUUGGGGCUGUUAAGUCUGACCAUACAUCACUGUGAUAGAAUGUGGGCUUUUUCAAGGGUGAAGAUACAAGUCUUAACCACAGUGUAACUUACAGUUUCCUUAUUAAAAAAAAAAAAAGUAAA